CGUCGUGUUAUGAAUAUAACGACUCAAGUUAAAUGCGAAAAUAGUGAAAGUGAAAGAUGAAACAAUGAGAAAUUGCAUAGCAACCGAAAUUGAAACGACGAAAAAGAUUUAUUUAUUUAUCAAUAAUAAAGUAACCAUGGUUUGGAAUGUUGCUACGAUAUUUCGCACAUCCUGCAGACUAUCGAUUAAAUAGAUUUGCAUAACUUCGAGCAAAGCAGCCUCAAAAGACACAUCCACAAUAGCUUAAUGCAAAUAAAUUAAAUUAAAUAUGAAAUUCUUUUUGAAAAAAUGUCUACGGAAAAAGCCCGAAGAGAUGAAACCAGGCGCCAUACUAGACGCCGUCAUUUCUCAGUCUUCGCCAACGGCCAACAAAUGUCUGCUUUACAAGCUGGCAGACUACAAGCGAGGCGGCGAUCUCAUUGAUGCGCUCAACACUGGCGGUCUGGUGGCCGUGGAGCAACUGAUACGCGAGCAAUUCGGCAUCUUCAUGUAUAACGACGGCAAGGGACAAGUGAUUAAUCGCGCCGAAUUCUUGCGUUGGAAAUAUCGCGAUCACACCGAGGUCACCAUACCGAUUGAGGCAUCACUGUCGCGACACGAUCCACUCGGCAAGUGGGAGGACCACAAAGCUUGCUGGCAAAUGCAGUUUAGGGGCGCACUCGGUGAGAGUUUACUGCAUGUGCUCAUCAUAUGCGAUUCCAAGAUACACACGAAGUUGGCACGUGUACUGAUACGCGUCUUUCCGAAUCUCGCACAAGAUGUAAUGGAAGGUGAGGAGUAUUUGGGCGCCAGUGCGCUACAUUUGGCGAUCGCUUAUAGCAAUAAUGAGCUCGUGGCCGAUCUGAUUGAAGCGGGCGCGGAUAUAAAUCAACGUGCUAUCGGUAGUUUCUUUCUGCCACGUGAUCAACAGCGUCGCAAUCCAGCCAAGUCGACGGACUACGAGGGUCUCGCUUAUCUAGGUGAGUAUCCGUUGGCUUGGGCCGCUUGUUGCGCAAACGAGAGCGUUUAUAAUUUAUUGGUGGAUUGCGGUGCGGAUCCGGAUGCGCAGGAUUCCUUCGGAAAUAUGAUACUACAUAUGGUGGUUGUGUGUGACAAGUUGGAUAUGUUUGGUUAUGCGUUGCGUCAUCCGAAAACACCAGCCAAGAAUGGUAUUGCUAACCAUGGUGGGCUCACACCGUUGACACUCUCUUGUAAAUUGGGACGCGCAGAGGUCUUUCGCGAGAUGUUGGAGCUUUCGGCACGUGAGUUCUGGCGUUACAGCAAUAUCACCUGCUCUGGCUAUCCGCUAAAUGCUUUGGAUACUUUACUACCGGACGGACGCACUAACUGGAACUCAGCGCUCUUUAUCAUCUUGAACGGCACAAAAGAGGAACACUUGGAUAUGUUGGAUGGCGGCAUCAUACAACGUUUGCUGGAGGAGAAAUGGAAAACGUUUGCUCAGAAUCAAUUCUUAAAGCGCCUGUUGAUUCUGCUAGUCCACCUGCUUUGUCUCUCCAUUUCGGUUUACAUGCGUCCAGCGCAUGUGGCCGACGAUGAUGAAGACGAGGGAGCUGCAAGUGGCGUGAUUUUGAAAGACACGAAAACGCUUGAGCUCGCAGAGGAGUCGGAAGACGAAGAGGAGUACGAUGUGCAGACUAUUGUGCGUUACUGCGCGGAGUUUGGUACGAUUGCUGGCGUCCUGAGCUAUGUCAUCUUCCAACAGGGCGAUGAGAUAAAAAAUCAAGGACUGCCGGCAUUUCUCAAGCAAUUAACCCACGCACCGGCUAAGGCUAUAUUUCUUGUUUCCAAUCUGAUGAUUCUCGCUUGCAUUCCUUUUCGUUUAAUGGGUGAUACAGACACCGAGGAGGCUAUACUGAUUUUUGCUGUCCCAGGCAGUUGGUUUUUACUAAUGUUUUUUGCAGGUGCUAUUCGUCUGACAGGUCCUUUUGUCACCAUGAUCUACUCUAUGAUAACUGGUGACAUGUUCACUUUCGGAAUUAUCUACUGCAUUGUAUUGUGUGGAUUUUCACAAGCAUUUUACUUUCUCUAUAAAGGACAUCCACAGAUUCAGUCGACUAUGUUCAACACCUUCCCAAGCACGUGGAUGGCAUUGUUUCAAACAACGCUCGGUGAUUAUAAUUAUCCCGACUUGAAUAACACUACAUAUCCGAACUUAUCAAAGACAGUGUUUGUGAUCUUUAUGAUUUUUGUGCCCAUACUUUUAUUGAAUAUGUUAAUCGCUAUGAUGGGCAAUACGUACGCUCAGGUGAUAGAGCGUUCCGAGAAGGAGUGGAUGAAGCAGUGGGCCAAAAUUGUAGUCACUUUGGAACGGGCUGUGCCACAGGCUGAUGCGAAAAACUAUCUGGAGGCCUAUUCCAUACCACUUGGACCGAUAGAUGACUCCGGCUAUGAGGUGCGUGGUGUAAUGGUUAUCAAGAGUAAAGCAAAGACUCGAGCCAAGCAACGUAAAGGCGCUGUGUCAAAUUGGAAACGCGUUGGACGCGUAACGCUGAAUGCAUUGAAGAAGCGCGGCAUGACGGGUGAGCAAAUGCGUCGUCUGAUGUGGGGACGUGCUUCUAUAUCCAGUCCAAUUAAAAUAACAAAAAAGAAGCUUAAAGACCCCUACAAUUUAAACCCACAAAGUGAUCUCACUAGCGCGAUGGAUAUGCUGUCCUUCGCCAACGAUCCAGCCUCGAGUUCAGGCUUGCAACUACGCCCGUCUCUCACUGACACUGGCGCAAAUGGCAAAACUGCACAAGAAAUACAACAAAAUCAACAGCCUGCACCCGAUCCACUACGUGAUCUAAUCUUCCUUGCUGAUCGUCGUCCUGAAGUGCAUGAUCCACAAUAUUUUGUCGGUCUACAACAGUUGGCCAACCAAGCUUUGGAUUUGGUAGAGCAGACAAUGGGUAUGCAUCCGAUACCGACGCCAGCCACCGAUGCAUUACUCUUGUCGGCAGCUGCUGCUACAACAGCAAUAGGCGCUGUGACAAUACAAACAGCAAGCACUGUUGGCACAACCGUUUCGACAACAACAAUAACCCCAGCAACAACUAGUGCCGCAGCAGCCGCAGUAGCUGCGCCAACAGAAGAUUUAGUCACACCGCUCGGUGCAAAUUUAACCACACUAUUUCAGGACCCAAAGGAUGUAGUUGAUCCACAAAAGUUAGAAGAGUUCUUAAAAAUGCUUGCCGACAUCGAGACGGAGGAGAGCGAUGGUGGUGGUAGACCUAUUUUGGGCAAACUGUCACUAUCGCGUCGUACAAAGAGCGCCUUGUCGAGAGCUCAAAUUAAAAAGGAAACGAUUGGCGGCAGUCCACUGAAGAUAAUUCCUUCGGUGUGGUCGCAUAAUUUACCACAGCCCGUGGAGGAACCGGAAUUCAAUUUCGAAGCCGCACUAGCCGAAGAGCAUACACUCACCAUCGAACAGGAGGCCGAGGUGGAAACGGAAACCGGCAACGAGCGUGACGACAGCGAAGACUGCCCCACUGUCGAGGAGGUGCAUGCAACAAUGAAGCAAUUUCACCUGCGUAAGCGGCAAUACCAGCAGGACGACGCAGCGCGACGCGCAAAAAGUGCACGCAUCAAACGCAAAAAUAGGAUUUCACCCGAGCAAUCCCAUGAUGCUGACAACGGCAAAACAACACACCCACGCGGUGCCUCAGCGCCGGGCCGCAAGCAACCGGUGGACGAACGCUUAUCGCCGCCAGAUCCGCUAGAGCCCUGGAGUACACGCGAAUUGCAAAAUAUCAACAAAAUAUUAGCGCGCAAGUGAAAAUGAAAGCAUCCACAUUGCUAUAUAUAC